AUGCAGCAGACACCCAAAGCUCAGCACAACGUAGCCGAUAUCGUCGGUAUACUUUCGCUUGGCAGCGGCAACACAGAAACCUCCUCGUACAUUGGGUCCUCGUCGGGCUAUGCUCUGGCGACUGACCUUGGAAAGAUGGUGCAGGCGACUGCUUGGAAUAAGGCCUUAUGGGUACCUGCUGCUACUAGCGAUGAUGAGGAAGCCCGUGUAGGCGGCAGCAGCUCCACGAGGAGAAUCACCCUGCAGGAACUCCAUUCUAACCGAGCAGAACCGCCCUCAGAGACACUGGGUGCGAAAUUAAUCAAGGCAUAUCUGAGUCGCAUACAUCCGCGAUUCCCUUUUCUUUUCCGUUCAGAUGUAUGGGAAGCUCAUCGGUGCCGUUACAUACUCGGAAGACGAGCAGGAAGAGACGUUGAACAAGACCAAUCGUCAUACUCCUCGGUGGCGUAUGAUUCGGAUGGAUUUGCACUAUUUGUGCUAUACAUGGUCUACGCGAUCGGUGCUUUAAAUCUUCGCCUCACUGAAGACUACCGGCACACUUCACCAGAGCAGUUCUACGUUUUUGCAAUGCAGCACGUCGCAAGCGUGCGGGAAGCAUCACCUAUUCACAACUUGGAAGCGACGGUACUAUUGAUAUUGUACCAUCUGAGAUCAGAGUCUCGCAAUGGCCUGUGGCAUUUGACAGGCCUUGCAAUGCGAACAGUGACUGACAUCGGUUUGCACCGUGCAGCAUCAACCCAUGGCUUACCCACAUUCGAGGCGCAGAUGAGGCGUCGUCUAUUCUGGUCCAUUUACUCCCUCGAAAGCAUCCUAGCAGGAACUCUGGGCCGACCGGUCAGCCUUUCAGACUCUGAUAUUGACCAACCACUUCCCGCCAGCGUUGACGAUGACGACCGCUUGUCCAACUUCCCCCGCGAGACGCUUUCUACAAACCAGCUUCCAGAGCAGCAAGCUCUUCCGCCAACCAACUUGAGCCAGUUCAUUAUUCUCUCGCAGCUACAUGUCUUCGAAGCACGGAUCCAGCGCAAGGUCUACCGCGUCGACAAAUCAACGAUCGCUCUCCUGCCAAAGAUGCACCGUCUCAUGGCUGAUCUGGAAACCUGGCGGAAUAAUGUGCUUCCUACACUACAGGCAAGCGAGCACGAUCGCGUAUCACUACACUACCACCGCAAUGUCCGACUACUCCUGCAGCCUUUUUUACCCAUUCUCGAUCCUAGUAGCGAACCUUUCCACAAGGCUGCAGUAGCUGCCGGCCAAAUAUGUCAGAUCCACAAGCGCUUCCAUCAAGCGCCUGAAUACGGACACAGUUUUGUUGCCGUGCACACGGCCUUCGUCUCGGGAAUCACCUUGUUAUAUGUGCUCUGGCGCGGAAAAGACAGGUUGUGGUCGAUCGGCAUCAGCAAUGACAUCCGCGCUGCUAGUUGCGUGCUUUCCAUCAUGGGCGAGCGCGCACCGUGGAUUCGACGAUUCAGAGAUACAUUUGACGUGUUGGUGGAAGCUACUAUGGCUGCAUUGCAGGGGACUUCGGAGCAUGCUGAGAGGCAAGCGGAAGGUGGUUACCGCUCUGAUGCACCGCAGGCAGAUUUCUCGUUGUUCGAUCAUUUGGAUCUCGCGGACCAUGGCGCUCUCGAUAUGGCAAGAGAGCUUACUGGGUGGAUCACAUAG